AUGAGCAGCCCCACAGGUCCGAUCGGUGCGGCGCCGCCGCCUCUCGGGGAAACGCCCGACUUCAACAACCCACGCGACGCCGGCCACGUACUCCACCUGGUGUACAUGUGCUUCAUCCAGACCAUCGUGGUGGUUUUUUUCGCCAUACGCGUUUACGUGAAGCUGUGGGCUAACGGAAAAUUCCGAUUGGAAGACUGGAGUUGUCUAGUUGGAUGGAUCUUCACCGUGAUGCUCAACACGUCCGUUUUCCUGAAGCUUCGUUUCGGUGAAGGAUUCCAUAUCUGGGAAAUCACUGCGAGUAAUUUCGUGGAGAUCCAAAAGUGGCUUUAUAUCGGCUCCCUGUUUUAUUCGCCGGCAGCUUUUUUCACCAAGUCCGCCAUCUUACUCCUCACGAUACGAGUCUUCUCCGUCAACAAGACCGUCGCCCGAACGCUCCACGGUCUUUUGCUAUUCUUUCUUCUUUGCUACAUCCCGGCGGAAGUGGCCAAGGCUGCUGUUUGCAUUCCUGUACGAGCCUUUUGGGACCCGUCGACACCCAACUUCAAAUGCAUCAACCAAUCGAAGCUCUUCACAUACGAUAGCAGUCUCUCCAUAACUUCCGAUUUGAUCAUCCUCGUCGUCCCUGUCGUUCUGACGUGGAAGCUGAAAGUUUCGACGAUCAAGAAGAUCAAGAUAAUAGGACUUUUGGGGGCAGGCGGUGUGGCUGUCGCGGUGACAAUCUACAGGUUGUUCCUGGUAAUAGAACGAUUAGACGAUUCCAAGGACCCAACCGUUGAGUUUAUUCCGGUCGACUGGACGACAACGGGAGAGCUCGCCAUCGGCAUAGUGUGCGCUUGCGUGCCCUCGAUCAACUACCUCCAUGAGCAACGCACUGCCCGCAGAGGGUCUUCCACCACCUCUCAGGAGCGAAUACCAUGGUGGAAAGCAGUCUCCAAGAGACAUGUCCAAUCUUUGUCAACCUGGGGCAUGGGCUGCGGGUCCAGGUUGGCGACUGGGAAUAGGACGAGGCUGCGAAGCGUCGACUCGAAUGCCGUGCUUGCUGCGACUCCCGAGUCAGAGAGGGGCGAGCCCCAUCGAUUAGAUUAUGACGUAGAACUCGCAACGUUAUCGGUGCCGUACCCUGAGCCUCAUCCCGGAGAGCCGGUACCGAGAGAAAGGGGAGGCCGUAGCCAGAGUCAGCUGAUCCCGCUGCCUGUCAUCAGGCGGAGCAGUCCCUUUAAAGUUGAUGAGCUUCCAUGACGACGACUUCAUGACGACGGCUGGCUGCCGUUUGUGCCGUUAACUCAACGGGAUUGCAGUUCACGCGGACUUUAGUCGAAUCAGUUGUUGGUUGAAACCAACACAGCGAACAUCGCCAGUCAGGGGGACGAUAAGGCAUCGGAGCCAUCCCUGUAAUGGUAAUCGCAACAGCCGUUCCCAGUCCCGACAGCAGUCCCGGGCAAAAUCGAUUCUCUAGGGUUGUCCUGCCGGUAGCAUUUGAGGCCAGUCGAGAGUGGUGGGCAGGACGGGCAACGUCACAACGAUGUUGCAAGAGCCAUUGCGACUGCCGUUGUGACAGCCACUGGGCAGUAUACCCGGGUCGGGUUCGGUCUUGCUCUGUGCAGGGCGAUCCGUGCUAUAGGAACAUCGGCAGUGAAGCUGCAGCGAUGAGUGCUCCGUGAGGGCUGCUAUCUUGGCAGCCAAGGAUAAGCAUUCAGGCUGUUUUGCGAUGGGGUAAGCAGGUUUGGAGGGAUCUCCUCAGCCAAAGCAUUGAAGGGAGGGAUAUAAAAAAUCGGCGGGCCGUAAUCCCCGUCGCGCUCAUGCGAGAAAAAGGAGGAAGAAGUAGGACGGAUUUCAGCCGAAUGCCGUGGCGGCUGGGGAAUGUAGUUGCCACGA